GGAGACCCGUAGGCAUUUAGGGAGAGCUGACACCUGCGGGGGCUGCUGGGCCUGCCCGAGAAGGCGAGAGCCGGGAAACUCAGCCCUCCCGGGGGCGCUGGGCUCGGGACUGAGGCCGAAGACGCGCCGAGAGGGAAGACCGGCAGCUAGAUCCUCCCCUGGGAACGUGCGGCGGCCAGGCCCGCGCGGCUCGGGUGGGCGCUGUCCGUGUGCCCGCUCUGCUCCAGCCCGGCCUCUCCCGCACGACCCCGGCCGAGGCCCCGAGCGGACCCCGGGCGAGCGGGGCGCGCCGCGCCGCCCGCCGCCAUGGAGUCAGGGCCGUCUGGAGGCUCCAGGCCCGCGGAGCCGGGGCCUCGCUUGCGCGGCUUGCGCGGCGCGGACGCGGCGGCCUCGGCCUCCUCGCUGAGCCGCUUCGGGGCCGAAGCUGGGUGUCGCGCGCCGGCUGUGGCGGCCGUGUUGCCGGCGGGGGGUAGCGGGGAGAGGAUGGGCGUCCCCACCCCGAAGCAGUUCUGCCCCAUCCUGGAGAGGCCGCUCAUCAGCUACACCCUGCAGGCCCUGGAGAGAGUAUCUUGGAUAAAGGACAUUAUUGUGGCAGUAACUGGAGAGAACAUGGAAACAAUGAAAGGAAUUAUUCAGAGGUACCAGCAUAAACGUAUCUCACUGGUUGAAGCUGGAGUGACCCGCCACAGGUCAAUUUUUAAUGGUCUGAAAGCACUGGCAGAGGAUCAGCCCAACUGUAGACUCUCAAAGCCAGAAGUAGUGAUCAUCCACGAUGCUGUGAGACCAUUUGUUGAGGAAGAUGUCCUCCUUAACGUUGUCACAGCUGCUCAGGAACAUGGGGCCUCGGGAGCAAUCCGACCUCUUGUAUCUACUGUCAUCAGCCCGUCUGCAGACAGCUGCUUAGACCACUCACUGGAACGUGCCAGAUACAGGGCAAGUGAAAUGCCACAGGCCUUUCUAUUUGAUGUGAUCUAUGAAGCAUAUCAGCAGUGUAGUGACUAUGACUUGGAAUUUGGAACUGAGUGUUUGCAUUUGGCUCUAAAAUACAGUCAUAUCAAAGCAAAACUCGUGGAAGGAUCCCCUGACCUCUGGAAGGUGACCUACAAACGAGAUCUGUAUGCCGCUGAAUCGAUUAUUAAGGAAAGAAUUUCACAACAAGUUUGUGUAGUUAUGGACACAAAAGAAGAUGAAGAACGUGUAGGUUGUUGUCUUGAAGAAAUGCUAAAAACAGAAUUAAAUCAUAUAAAAGUCACAUCUGGCCAAGAUCUUCAGCAAAUCAUCUUAGAGCAAUGCUACAAUUUUGUUUGUGUGAAUGUUAUGACCUCUGAUUUUGAAGAAACCCAGAGGUUACUGAAUAUGCUGGAAGAGAGUAAUCUUUCCAUUUUAUAUCCUGUUGUGGUUAUUUCAGUGCAUUUUCUUGAUUAUGAAUCAGUACCAUUCGGUCAGAAAAUGGAAAAGGUAAUGCAGAUUAGAGAGUUUGCCAAGGAAGCGAAAAAAGGAAAUAUUUUAUUAUUUGGCCUUCUCAUAUAUUUCCCACAGGAGGAACAGAAGCUACGAGAAAGUUUAAGGCAAGGUGCCACCAUUAUUGCUGCCUUAAUCAAAGAAAGAAAUUCUGGACUCAUUGGUCAACUACUGGUAGCAUAAAGAACAUGGAGGAAAUUACCUGCUGUGUUCUUAGAAACAUUCCCCUAAGUAUUUCUUUUGUGCUUUCCUCCGAAUUGUAUAUGGUAGAAUGUUGAAGUUGUCUCUGAUAAUUUGUAGGAUGUGAUGCUUAGGUGAACUUAAAAACAUUUUUAUGCGUGCCAAAUAUAAAUUUCCUAAAUUGGAAAAGAACAAACAAGUGGAAAAUAAUGGCCUUCACAUGAAGAAUCUUCUCACAAAGGCAUGCAAGGGUAAAAUAGAAAUAAUGAGUAGUCAGCUAAUUCUCCAAGGAAUGAAAGUUUAGAAAAUGUCAACUAUUAUCUCUAUGUUAAUUAGUGAAUCAUGUAUAAUGAGACUAAUAAUUAAGAUUAAUGAUUAUUUUUAAUUCUAACAGUAUCCUUUCUGUGUGGGUUAUUUGAAUUGCAUUCUGAUUUUUCAUACCUUGACAAAAAAGAGAUAGCAGUGAACUAUGAUCUGAGUAUCUUCACGAAUAGCCUCACAUUACCUUAGAUUCCUAAAGGAGAUAGACUCUCCUUCUGCUUUUGUAAUGUUUUAAAAUUGUAUGUUUUCCUUGGUUUAUGAAAUAUAGUUUUGACUUACAUUAA